UGCACGCGCAGUGCGUUCCAUUCCAAUCGGAAGACCGCUGAGGCAGUUGGCCUAUUCGCUCGGCUCUAUAGAGGCUUCGCUUCCAUCCUCCAGUGACCAUGGCCAGCAAGCGAGGGAAGACAGCUGAAAGGCCUCACACCACCACCAGGACUGAUCUGGGUACCACCACAAGGUAUGCCAGGGCGGACCAGCCUCGGAGGUACAGACUGUCGCCACAGCGGUCAGCUUCUGUGACACGAGGUGCCACAAGAACGCGUGCCAUUUCAAGACAAGCGACAAAGACACAGGCUCUCACCGAAGACGUCGACAACAGGGAUACCCGAAGGAAGCAGGCUGCGUCUCUUAAGAAGGCUAUAAAGGAGGUACCCGAAGCCGAGGCGCCACUCCGAGCCCUCUACCCGGACGCGGCUGUCACCGGGGUACUACCAGGUGACACGGUAGCGACGACGGCCGAAGAGGACACGAGCGAGGAGGUCGAAGAAAAGGAGCACCAGGAGGCGCCCCAGUCCUUGCAGAUGGUUUUCUACAUCGGCCUCCUGUUCAUGUUGGCCGUGUGCUCCGCGCUGCUUAUCUCGUUCCUGUCAUCUAUGGGCAAGGACGAAACGGAAAGCAUCGCCGAUACCACUGGACCUCAUGGUGGAAGUGGAGGGUCUGACGGAGGUGGUCACGGAAAACCCGCAACGGCUAUGAACGAGGACAUAGGAACCAGUUCCACGACAGAAUACGGUUACGAGCACGACGGCAAUGGAAACUCUGACGGACGCACGGACGUGGUGUGCAUGGUAACACCUUUGCCUGACGACAGCCGUCACUGGUACGGCGACAAUUUCCCGUACGAAUACUGCACCCAAGUGAUCUUCUGCUGCGGUACGCUCUACAAGAGACUACAGGGAACCAAUGAAAUGGAACGAAUGGCGGUCUUGGCGAGGGAACACGCCAACGUGACAGCGGUAGGAAUAAUCGUCGAUGAUGAUACGACUGCUGAAUCGCAUGGAAUGGUUCGCACGAUGUAUGGCCUCGAGGAAGCGCUCCAUGAUCCACAUGAUUUUGUCAACAUUAUGAAGAAUUUCACCGACAAGUACAAAUAUGAUCGCGUCUACUAUCUCUACCGACAUCCUCGCAAUUACACGCACGUCAUGGCCCAGGGUCUGAAGAGGCUCAAGGAGGAAUUGCAGGCGCAUGUUGGCAUCACCCAUGGCAUGGUCGGCCUCAUAGAACUUCAGGAAAUGGACGCUUACCCACUGCAAAGCAUCGGAUCUCUUCUGGAGGAACAUUCAUUUUUGCUGCUAAAAGAGUACACAGACUGGCGUUUGGCAAGGAUGUUCUACAGCAAGUUCACCAUCGACAUCAUCGAGGCAUACGUGAAGAGGCACGGGGGGAAGGAAUACCAUUCCAUGAGAUCCCGAAUAUGCGUCAUGCUCAGUCCUGAAGUGGAGAGGUACGAAGUGUCCGGCGUCGAUAUCUACAACAUUUCGCAGGACACACGCAGCAGCAAUUACCCAAUAGAGGAAGACGAGAGUCCGUGCCAGGAGUACUCGUGUAGAACAACACCGACCCCUUUCUUCGAUGGGUCGCUUUGUGAAGACCAUCGGCGUUGGCUUUUUACAAUCCACGUUGGACGCUACCACGUUCACAACUUCCUGUGCGAGAUAUGGCGAAGGACAAAGAUAACAUGUUUCGGCGUAUCGAGGACGGAGGCGGACGACAUCGAUAACCGGUGUAGGUACGGCAGGUACCCGACCCUGAGGGCCGUCUACGACUGGAAUCCCGGAGUGUGCGUCUCGGAUGUUUGCAAGAACAGUGCGAGGACGGGUUUUCCGUGCUAAAAGACGUGUUAGGGUCAUUCAGCUAAUUCUUAAGGGGACUGCAGCUGGCGAGUUUUGAUAUUGAUUAAAUGUUUACCAUUGUCC